CAAGAAGACCAACUUUCGCUAAAUCAUGGACGAACUAGAAAAUGAUAUCAAAAUUAGCACYGUAGAGAUGCACACAGCAGGCCAUGCUGUUCGAAUCAUAACGUCCGGCUAUCCUCCUAUCAAAGGAGAUACUAUCCUUCAAAAGCGAAAAUAUGUCAAAGAAAACCUCGACCAUCUUCGCACCACGCUUAUGCACGAACCUAGAGGMCACUAUGACAUGUACGGCGCUCUCCUCGUUGAACCAGACMAAGAAGACGCUGAUAUGGCAGUGCUKUUUUUGCAUAACGAAGGCUACAGUACAAUGUGCGGCCAUGCUGUGAUUGCUCUUGGCCGCUAUGCUAUUGAUUCUGGAAUUGUGAACACUGACACCGGCGCGUCGACUAUAGGAGAAAUCCCGGUUUUUAUUCAGUGCCCUUGUGGCAUCGUGAAAGCAUUUGUAGACCUCUGCGAGGGGAAGACUUCWAGGGUACGUUUCGUGUCAGUYCCCGCAUUUGCGUUUGCUUUGGAUGUCAAAGUUGAGACCGAAAAAUUUGGGACUGUCUCCGUUGACAUUGGAUACGGCGGAGCGUUCUAUGCCCUUGUCGAUCAAGAUCAGCUUAAAAUGGAUUUGCGGUCUUCACGGGUUAAAGAAAUCACUGAAGCUGCCAGCAUCGUGACGAAAGCAGUGGCUAAUGCCGUAAAGCUUCACCAYCCAGACUCGGAAGAUCURGCSUUUCUCUAUGGUACCAUUAUCACUGAUGGGAAAGAUCGCUAUGACGAGUCUUCAGACGAGUGCACUUUCAACGUUUGCGUCUUUGCCGACGACGAGGUUGACAGAAGCCCUACUGGUUCAGGUGUYACAGCUCGCAUUGCUGUUCARCAUGCCAAGAAACUCAUCGGAAUAAACCAAAUGCGUGUUUUYCAAGGUAUURCUGGUGAGAAGUUUGGAGGAAAGGUWGUUAAGCAAACAAAAUGUGGUGAAUUUGAUGCMGUUCACGUUGAAGUAAGCGGAAAUGCCUACUACACUGGYACAUCAACRUUCACUAUGGAAARAGAUGACCCUUUGAAACAUGGUUUYCUGCUUCAUUAGGGCUAUUGUUUGAUGAAGAAGAACUUUAUCUUUUAGGUUUUGGCAUUGAAUCAUUCUAAAUUGUAAAAGGGGAGUAUUUGUUUAUUGAACAAUUCUGUUGAAUCAUGAAAAUACAUCUUGCAUUGAAUCUGUUGGUAUGACUAAUCAUUUUCAUAUGACCGAAAAACAACUUCUUUUCAUUUCUCUAUUAUUAUGUGUUUUUUCUAUAAUGUUUUUUUCUAAAUUAACAAUAUUAUAUUUAAAUUAACGUUUACCAUUUUGGAAUAAAUGUUAGUAACAUAUGGAUAUUAUUAAUGUAUACAAUGAAAAUAUAUAGAAAACUUAUCAUAAUAGUUUAGAAUAUUAUAUUAUUUAUUGGUUUGUCCCAACUGUCCCAUUAGAAACACAAUAAUAAUGGAAAAAUAAUACUAGUAUCAUUACAAACAAUACAUUUAAAUGUACAAGCAAAAUAAAUAAUCAUAAAGAAUAGGCUAUUUUGAAAAGAUGAGAUCAUUAUCAUGUUAUCAAAUAAUAUUGUCUAAUUUUCAAUUAUAUUAUAUUUCAAAUGUACUGUCUAUUUUUAACGUUUUUCGCUCAUAUCAAAAUGACAUGAUAUCAAUGCACAUGGGAUGCAUAUGAAGGAGAAUUGGUAUGACUGCAACAGCACAUAACACAUAUAGUCUUGGUACAAGAAAAGAUCAAAACUAGAGCGGAUUUCGUAUGAGUGGGACACCGUUACCGCACGGUUACCACACAGUURCMRVRCCWGGCCUGCASAAUUUUGGUGAACCAAUGGGGCACUAGAAUUUGGUUACAGUACGAUUACGAUCACAGUACAGUACCGUCUGUUUCCUACUCAUACGAAAUCCGCUCUAGAGUGUAGACAUUGUAUGAAAACAUCAUGAAACACUCACACAAACUCUCCUCUAAAAUACAAGAAGCAUAUCUCAGACCAAUAACAAGAUAUUCAUUUUAUGGUUCAUAAUAGUUUAUUAGGAAGCAAUGUAAUCAUUCUAUAAUAUUAUAUUAAUAKCAAAAAUAAUCAAUAUUUAGAUAACUAUAAUUUUGUCAUAAAUUAACAAUGAAACCUGCUAAUAAUGUACAAUGAAAAUAAACGUAUUUUAAUGAUAA